AUCCUGUCUGGAGCAGCAGCUGCAAUGGUAGUUGUAGACUCUGUAAGUUGGGUAUUUUAGUGGAAGCAGGCCCUGGGAUAGAAUGGCCAGCACUCACCAAGGCAGGUUCUGUCCUGCUGUGUGGUUAAUGAAGCUGGUGGGCUGGCAGCUUCCUCCUGGUUGCCAUGAGAACGACCAGGGCCACUGGCCCUCUGAAAACGGAAAAGAACAGCAAGUGCAAGACCAUACAUUCCAUCUUGCCUUGCAGAUUAAAACAGCUGUCAAGCCAGAGUGAAGAAUCAGGCAGAGGUCUGCAGAGUGGAAAAGUGAGCCUCACAGUAGAACUCUGAGAUGUGAGUUCCAGUGAACUGGCUCAGGAAGGGGAAACACACGCUUGGUGGCGCACACUGAGAUCAGAAUGGCACCACCUCCUGGGCACAGGGUCCUUCUGGCCGGCGCACUGGGCAUCUUUGUUCUCCACUGCUUCACGGGAGGGCAGAAGAACAGCACGCUGAUUUUCACCAAGGAAAAUACCAUCCGGAACUGCAGCUGCCCUGCAGAUGUCCAGGACUGUGACUACAGUCUGGCCAACUUGAUGUGCAGCUGUAGAACCGUCCUGCCUUUAGCCCUCGAGCAAACCAGCUACAGUGACCAUCUGACCAUCUGGUUCACAGAUGCAUCGGCCCUGGGCCUCCUGUUGAACUUCACGCUGGUCCGGGACCUGAAGCUUUCUCUGUGCGGCACCAACACUCUGCCCACCGACUACCUCGCUAUCUGUGGUCUGAAGAGGCUUCGUGUCAACACCCAGGCCAAGUGCCUAUCACCAGAGCAGAGCUUGCUCAUGCUCAACGGUGGGGAAAGGGAACCCAGAGAGCAGCCCGUGUGGUUCCCCAGAGGUUGGCAAACAUGUAUGUACAUCUCCUUCUUAGAUCUGGCGCUUUUCAACAGGAAAUCAUCAUUAAAAGCAUACAGUAUUGAAAACGUUGCCAGCAUUGCCAACAAUUUUCCUUACUUUUCUUACUUUGAAACCUUCCCAAUUUUAAGCAAUGAAAGCUAUGUCAUCACGUUCAUUUACUAACAUUGUAACAGAGGCCAACCAUCAGGAACUUUGGCAAGCUGGAAGCUGGAACAAGGAAGCUGGGAACAAGGCCAUGGGCAUCCUUACCUACAACUUCACCUGUCUGCCCAGCCCCCAUUCACCACAGAACCACACAUACACCAGCCCUCUCUGCUCUACUCUUUGCUCAACCAUGGGAGUGAUUUCAAAAAACAAAAAAGGAACAAAAACUCAAAAAACCCAAAACCAACCAACCAAACAAAAUGAUCUGUGUCCAGAAGGUCUUGAGAGCAGCUGGGUCUAUGCUCCUGGGGGUCUGUGGGGAAAUGUCAGAUCAGAUAUGGAGAAAGCAAUACAAGGACAAUACCAAGGACUGCUUAGUGGAACUGAGCACCGGGGAUGACCACCAAGGAAGACAUCUUCCUUCAAAACACUGCCUUCCUUUAUUCUGCUUCAUUUUGUUACAGUGACUGGAAUUCCCCUAAGAAGGGAAAGAUAGAUUUCAGAGGCUUUGGGACUGUGAGUUCCACACAAUGAUUAGGUUCUCCUAGACUCAUAUUUUCCAACAUAUUUUCCAAAUAUCUCUUAGACCGAUACUUGCCAAGCAUGUAUGUGCUGAGAAAGGGGAGUUUUAAGAGUGGAACAGGUCAGGUUGGGGUGGGACCUUAGGACCAAAUGAGAACGUUAAGCUUAGAGGAAUGUGAUACAGAAAUGAAAACCAGAGGACACAAAAAUCAGUGACAUAUAUCUCAAAAUUUUGCUUAUAGCAAGGCCUAAAUGCAGGGAGUUUCUCUCUUAUAUCCCUUUUCUUUCAUUCUUUUCUUUGACUACUUCUUUGUCCCCACCAUACCACUUCACCUUUCUUCUCCCAUUUUCCUCAUCCUCUCCCUCCCCUUCCUCCUCCUGCUCCAGAAAUAAGAAUUUGGAUUAAUACCAUUAGAACUGCAUUUAACACCACCAGGGGCUAGCCUGGGAAUCUAAUAAUCAUUUAUAAUGUUAUUCUUAUGGGGAAAGAUGCUCAUAUGACUAAAAGAAAAUUAACCAAAGAACUUUUAGGGCUCAGUCCAUUCGGAUGUUAACUGUAAAGUUAAGACACGUUAUAUGACAUGAUUGACACAAAGUGGUCUGAGGUAUUACAACAAAAGGAACCAAGGCAACAUAUUAAAAAAAAUAAA